UGUGUUUCCGUGCUCUUUCUCGAUCUGCUGCUACUUUCUUCUGAAAUCUCCGGGUCGGCCGUCGAGUCUCUGCCUCGGUUCGGACCUCUUCCGUUCGAACUAGAAACAGGAUACAUAGGAGUGGAUGAGAAGGAUGAUGUGCAACUCUUCUACUACUUCAUCCCAUCAGAAGGCAACCCCCAAGACGAUCCCUUGGUGCUUUGGCUCACCGGCGGCCCCAGUUGCUCCGCUCUCUCUGGACUCAUUUACGAGAUAGGCCCCCUACGUUUUAACAAGACCAAGUAUGACGGCAGAUUACCAUCCUUAAUGCUGAAUCCUUACUCUUGGACCAAGGUCUCCAGCAUAAUCUUUCUAGACGCGCCUGUUGGCACGGGUUUCUCUUAUUCAACGAGCGUGGAUGGUUACGAAACUGGAGACAAAGAUCAUGCUCGCCAGAGUCGUAUUUUCCUGGAAAAGUGGUUGCUCAGUCAUCCGAGUUUCAUUGAAAACAACGUAUAUAUCACCGGCGACUCUUAUUCAGGCAAGGUCGUUCCGUUAAUUGCUCGAGAAAUAUUAGAAGCGAGUAACAACAUUUUGCAGAGACCUCUGAUAAAUCUCAAUGGUUAUCUGCUAGGAAAUCCUGUGACAGAUUCAGUAUUCGACGAAGGUUCAAGAAUUCCCUUUGCGUACCAUAAAGCGCUAACACCGAAAGAGCUUUACGAGUCAGCUAAAAGGAACUGCCAAGGAGAAUAUGUCCGAUUCAACCAAACUCAUCUUAAGUGUGCAGAGGAUCUUCAAACUAUCUCAGAAUGCACUAAUAGAGUAAAUAAGGGACACAUUCUUGAGCCAAAAUGUGAUAUCUAUAACCCAUCACACAAACUUCUUGAAAGUCGAAGAUAUAUGGCAGAGAUAUAUGAAGAUACUUGGCAGGCGCCACCAGAAAUCCCCGCAUUCCAUUGUCGGCAAUAUUUUGACCUGUUGUGCGACGUUUGGGCAAACGAUCCUGCCGUUCAAGAGUCCCUUCACGUUAGACAGGGUAUAUUAAGGUCUUGGGUGAGAUGCAACAGAAGCUUAGCUUACGCCCACAAUGUCCGCAGCACUGUGAGCCAUCACCUAUAUUUGAAUAGCAGAGGAUGCCACGCCCUAAUAUACAGUGGAGAUCAGGACAUGGUAAUCCCGUACUUGGGUACGCAAUCCUGGAUCAAUACUCUUAAUCUAUCCAUCGUGGAUGAUUGGCGGCCAUGGAUGGUCGGCGAUCAAGUUGCCGGAUUUUCGAGGGAAUACUCAAACGGUUUUACUUUCGCGACGGUGAAGGGAGGAGGUCACACUGCUCCAGAGUACCUGCCUGAGGAGUGCUUUGCAAUGUACAAAAGAUGGAUCCAUCACGAGCCAUUGUAA